UUUCACUCGGUUUCCGUAGGAAGUCGAUACGCUCAACUCCAUCUGUGAGGUCUGAUACACAAUGGAAUGUUCAAUAUUACUGGCGCACUAAGGAAAUUUAUAAGAGAUGGAGCUGAGACGAAUAUUAAAAUAUUGUUAAAUAGCAUGUCGCAAAGUAUACGUUGAUGGUUUCGGUACAACAUUUCGUUUACCUUUCUCUGUUCGCAUAGCAUAAUACUUAUUUUUCCGAUUAUUUUGUUCUGUAAUUCAAUUUCGAACUGAUCCUAACAAUAUGUGCACGAUACUCUGAUGCUAAUUAAAGAAUUUUUCCGCUGCUGUUGGCCCGUUCGCUAUCAGAGCAGUCAGGUUAACUUAUUGCUAAAUAAUUACACUGAAGCAUAAUUGUUUCUCUUGUGACAUGGAUUCUGUGAUAUUUCAGUCACACAUAAGAAGAGAUUGUUCUCAGGAAUGUUAAGUAAUGUUUCUAGUGCAGUCAAGUUGUAAAUAUCCGUUAUAAGACUUAAAAUUCUCAUAAUUCAAUCGUGGUAAUAAUGGGAUUUGGUCUGAUCGGACUAUGAACACAAGUACAUUUACUGUAUAAUUAAAUUUGAUAGCAUCAGGUAAUUCUUCGUACUGUCAAUGUAAAGAUACAGAAUGGAAUCUGUUAAUCAAGAAAAACAGCUUCCUUCGCGGGGGUUGAAACAAGUGAAGGUAGACAACUGGGGAACCUUUUUCCUUCAAAGACUUCAACAACUUUAUUUUGAUGAAGAGUUACUUGACCUUACGAUUAAAUUUCCCACGAGCGACAUCACCGUUCAGGCCCAUCGAUUAGUCAUAACAACAUGUACAGAUUAUUUCGUGCAACUUGAACGUGAGCAAAAGGAGAAGGAUGAAAAUUUCGAUGGUGUUAUCAUUAUGCCACCAGAUAUGCCAUAUGAGUGUGUCAAGUCAAUUAUAAGUUUUAUGUAUACUGGUCAAUUGGAGUAUUGGACAUCCGAACAAAAUGCCUUGUAUCGUACAGCACAGAAAAUGAACAUGACUGUGUUAACGAAAUUACUUGACGCGCAAUUUAACACUACUCCUUUGCAAAAUGAACAGUCGACGAAGUGCAAUUCGCGGCCAGUAAUAGCAGUUUCGAAGCCUUCAAUACUUAGCGCUAAGCCAACAACAACAGGAACAAUAACUGCUACUACUACCGCCACGACCACUACAUCCACUUCAUCAUCAGGACUUUCAUCUCAACCGUUGCCAGGUAGAAAGCUUCCGAUCUGGAAAAGGAAAUUAGAUACACCACAGUGCACACCAUCGCUUAAUUACGAAAUGCGAACAUUCCAAGGGAUGCCUUCGACAAACAGGCCUACAGAGGUGACUCCUGGACCCUCUCGGUUCGACCUCCCCGAAGCCGAGGAAUUCGCGCUUGGCGUGUUCUCCUCGUUCGACGACAUUACUUAUAAUACGAAACCGAUCGUGCAAGCGCCGGAUAGAUACAAGCGAAACAGAUCACCUAGCGGUAAAUGUUCGCCAGACAGAGAGAGUAAGAACGACACAACCGAAGACGAGGAGGACGAGGGUCACGCGAAUGAUAAAGGUCUGAAAGAAAUGAACUCGGACGACGACUGGUCUGUAUCGAGAUGUUUCCAAAGGGGCCAAGACUCGCAGCCUUCGCCGUCCAAGAAGGUACGAUUCGAUUUGGAAGAGAAGGAGAACAUGGAAAAAGGUAAAUCGUCGCACAGAUCGAAUUCGGAGGAGUCGAUUAACAAUCAUGCGAAAAUCAUUCGAGAGGUAUUGAAGAAAUAUCCUCAUCUAGUGAAGAACAAUAAAAACAUACGCUUGAAAAUCAUGCAGAAAGAGGCGAAGUCCUCGGACAAUUCAGCGAAAACUAAAGUGUCUUACGUAGUUCUGAAGUCUGAUCAUCUGAUGUCGAGCAAUAAUGAUGAGGAAACCGAAUCGAAGAGUAACGGGAGUAUGGAUGCCGGCGGUACCGGGCCUUGGAAAUGUAACAAGUGCGACUUAGAAGAAGAAUAUACAAACUAUUAUAUGUAUAGAAGGCAUAUGCAAGACGUGCACGAGGAGAAAUUCGAUCCGCGGGUGUGCGAACACUGCGGCUACAAGGCGACCAAGCGGAACAUUCUAAUGUACCAUCUUUAUACGAAACACAACGUGCCUCCGCCGAAAAGCAUGUGUUUCCCAAAAUGCCAGGAGUGCAAUUACGUGGCAUUGUCGGAGACGCUUCUGGUCAGACAUCAGAUCAAUCACCAUCAUCGACCUACGACGCGUCAACAUACGUCAGCCAUAGAGGAAGUUCAAUGCACGCAGUGUUCGCAGACGUUCAAAGACGUCGCUGAAUUGACUAACCACGAAAUUAACGCCGGCCAUGGCGCUAUGGCGGACGGCAAGGAAAAGGGUCAUCGUUGCCUUCACUGCGGUAAAGUGUUCGUGCGAGCUACGAAUCUACAAGUUCAUCUCGAUUGCGUGCACAAGAAUUUGUGGAAAUCCGACGGGGCGUCGGGGUCCAUGCCGCAGAUCACGCUGGAACCGUCCUCGGAGGCGGAAGCUCUGAGCCAUGUGGCGAGCGGCAUAGCAGCUUCUCUGAGCGUUGGAGAUGCCGUCACCGCGGAGUCGCACGAACAGACGGCCUCGAACGCGAACUCACAGUUCAUAGUGCCGAACAUACAAUUGAACAACAUCUCGCACGAAAUGACUUACAACACGCACGAGCUCGAUGGGCAGCACAUGAUCAUGCUGAUCGACAGCGAGAACUAUCAGCAGCAGGAAAAUGAGCAACAACAACAGCCGCAGCAGUUGAACAUUAGCGAUAACGAGCAGAUCGUGAUGCAGGGUACGGAGGACGGAAUGAUCGUUUAUAUUCACGGUAACGACGAUACGGACCGGCAGACGUAUGAGAAUUAUCCGGCGGAAGAGACUGAAGAGAUAGUGGAGGAAGUGGUCGAAGAAGUGGAGGAGAAAGUAAUAGAGGAGGGGGAAGAAGAGGAGAUGCAAAUUGAACAGCUGGAGGAAUGUAAUUCGGAUUCGGUCGAGGAAGUUAUACAGUACGUAGAGGAACAGACAGAAAUAGUUGAGUAUGACGAGCAAUGCAGCGAACAGAGUAGUAGUGCGGCUGAGUCGCAGGAGUCUGUUAUGAUCAUCGAAGAGGAGCACCUCGAGGGGGGACAGGACUCGGAAAAGAGCGACAAGGAAGAUAAGGCUAAAAGCUUCAACGAGUGGGAUGAUGAUAGUAGAGAAUUAGCUGGAUCAUAAAUAGUAAUACUACUAUUAUUAUUAUUAUUAUUAUGAUAAUUAUUAUUAUUAUUGUAGCUUUGUCACUUCUUAAGUUUCAUCGAUGUCCACGACUAACAAAAUACAUAUGUUUCGAUUGCAUUUCAUUUUGCUUCUUUGUUCGAUUUCUGUAUGAUACAGAUGAUUGAUAAUCGUUGUGUAUACGAAAAGCAAAGGAAACACUGUAAACAAGUUUCUUAUCAUUGAAUGACGCUCAGAGCUAACGUACGAAUUAAUGAUGUGCAAACAAUUUCAAUCUUUCAAUAUACAAAAUGAUGGUAUAUGAAACUUGGAAUUAUAUGUAUGUAUGUAUGUAUAAUUAUAUUCAGAAUUCGGUAGAAAUUCUUAUUUCUCUCUUGGAGGGGGCAAGAGGAAAGAAAAGGUUUCUCGUAUUCUAUGAAAUUCUUGAAACUCCCAAUUAGUUUGAGCUCGUAUGAUUUUGUACACGCGCGUGAUAACGACGAAACUAACAAUAAGAUACACGAGUGCCGGUUUUAUGACUUACUGCUGAAGCAGCACAUGUUCAAUAAAAAUACUUAAACAUAAAAUGAUUAAAAGUAAUACGUUUCAUUUGGGAUUGUAAUAUUACAUUACGUGACCACUCAAAACGAUUGAGCAUAAAUAAUAAUCAUACACGUGUACUUUAACAGAGGAAUGAUGUGUAUUAAGAAUCACGCGCAAUUUUGGUGCACGGAGUAUAUUUAUUUUUAAGUUCAGGUGAAAGUUGUACUGGAAUAAAAAUCAUAGUCAAUUAAGUGCAAUUGGCAAUUACAAUAUUUUUAACGAUUUUUCUGAUAACCGUCUGCGGAAUAAAUGUGAAAAAAAUUCUUUUUUUCACAGCCAUGCCGGAUAAUUUUAUUUAUUAUAAAUAUGUACUUUCGGAUAGUGGACAAUUGCAACUGUAAAAUCAAAUAUAUCAUCAACGUAUUAGGGUAUUUAUGUUAGACGUAACACGCAAUUAAAUAUUGAUUUACAUUGCGUUUCAAAAAAUAGCAAGUAAAAAUAAUUAAGAAAUACAUAUAUAUAUAUAUUUUUAGCAACGAAACCGAAUAAAACGUAGGUACGAUGCGAGACAUUUAACACGUUUUUCUGACUCACAUAUAGAUCACCUCUUUCUUUCCACAAAAGUAAUCAACAUUUAUUUUUUAGAAUAGCGUGAAUUGUCGAACUUUAUAUGUGUCUUUUGGGACUGUUGUAUUCGAAACGGAUAUUAAAUUUUUGUAGAAUUGGAUAUAUGUGCAUUUAUACACAUAAAUUAUAAUAAAAUCAAUGAAAUAACGUAUCCUAUAGAAAUAUAUUUUUUACGUGUAAAUUGGCCGCAAUACGUAUAAUACGAAUUUAAUUCAAUCAUUAUAUUUUGGCUGCAUACAAUUAUUUUACUCGUCGACACAGAUUGAAUUAUUCGCAUCGAUUGGUAAAAGAGGAUUUAUAAAAGCUUAGUACAAUACACAUUUUAUUUUGCGUAAGGAGGUCUAUCGUAAUAUAGUAAAACACAAAUUGUGGGAACCAUUAUUUUGUAAAUAAAAAGUAUUAAUAAUUA